AAAUCAUGUACCGUGAUGAUCCUCCGUUUCACUUCCCAGAGCCACAUUUCUGAAAUUGUACAACCAUCAUUUCCUCCGGGGACUGUCCCCACCCCCUCUGCUCGGCUCAGCUCGACUUCGCUGCCAGCUCCGGCCCUCCUCCAGGGCUGCCUGAGCCGGUGUUUGAUUGGAUUAGAGGCGGCUAGCCUUUGCCCUCUAACCCCGCUGAUGUUGGCUGGCUGCUUCCUGCUCCCUCCGCUCCCCCUGACCGACUUGACGAAGCCUGCCGAAGCCGCACGGCGAAGCGCUCUGCACGGACACAGCCGCCGGGACGAGCCGCUGUAGCGACACCAGAGACCCAGACCGAAGCCAGGCGGACGAAAAAGCGAGGCGACCAUGCGGAGGAAAUCGAGGAUAUUGUUAUGUUUUGCGGUGCUGUGGGUGCUGGGGAUAGCCUACUACUUCUACUCGGGAACAGCUUUGAGUCGAAAGGAUGAAUGGAGCUCCAGUGACUUGUCGCGAAGCAAAUCUCACAGUUCUGACGACAAAACACACAGCCUUGAGACUCUGCCACCAGGUAAAGUUCGCUGGCAGGAUUUUGACCAGGAUCUGUACGUUGGUGCCACUGUGGUCCGACCGGGUCAGGACCCCUAUGCCAGGAACAAGUUCAACCAGGUGGAGAGCGACAAACUCCGUAUGGACAGAGCUGUGCCCGACACGAGACAUGACCAUUGUAGGCAUAAACAGUGGAAAACCGACCUACCCGCCUCCAGCGUCGUCAUCACCUUCCACAAUGAGGCCCGUUCCGCUCUGUUAAGGACCGUGGUCAGCGUCUUGAAGAAAAGUCCUUCUCAUCUGGUCAAAGAAAUCAUUCUAGUUGAUGACUACAGUGACAACCCGGAGGAUGGAGCACUGCUGGGGAAGAUUGAGAAAGUGCGUGUGUUGAGAAAUGAUCGCAGAGAAGGACUGAUGCGUUCGAGGGUACGGGGUGCAGACGCUGCCACGGCGCCAGUCCUCACCUUCCUGGACUCCCACUGUGAAUGUAAUGACCACUGGCUUGAGCCGCUGUUGGAAAGAGUUGCUGAGGAUAAGACCAGAGUAGUUUCUCCUAUCAUCGACGUCAUCAACAUGGACAAUUUCCAGUAUGUGGGAGCCUCAGCUGAUCUGAAAGGAGGAUUCGACUGGAAUUUGGUGUUUAAAUGGGAUUACAUGACUUUGGAGCAGAGACGAGCUCGACAAGGAAACCCCAUCGCUCCGAUAAAGACUCCUAUGAUAGCAGGGGGUCUCUUUGUCAUGGAUAAAGAAUACUUUGAACAGCUGGGAAAGUACGACAUGAUGAUGGAUGUGUGGGGAGGAGAAAACCUGGAGAUUUCAUUCCGAGUGUGGCAGUGCGGUGGCAGUCUGGAGAUCAUCCCCUGCAGCAGAGUUGGUCACGUUUUCAGAAAACAGCAUCCAUACACCUUCCCAGGAGGCAGUGGGACUGUGUUUGCUAGGAACACAAGGCGAGCUGCUGAGGUGUGGAUGGAUGAGUUUAAAAACUUCUACUAUGCCGCCGUUCCCUCUGCCAGAAAUGUCCCCUACGGAAAUAUCCAGAGUCGUUUGGAGAUGAAGAAGAGAUUAGGCUGUAAGCCGUUCAAAUGGUACCUUGAGAACGUCUACCCUGAACUGCGAGUCCCGGAUCAUCAGGACAUAGCAUUUGGAGCCUUACAACAGGGAGGAAACUGUCUGGACACCCUCGGCCAUUUUGCAGACGGGGUGGUGGGUGUGUACGAGUGCCACAACGCAGGGGGAAACCAGGAAUGGGCCCUGACUAAGGAUAAGUCAGUCAAACACAUGGACUUGUGUCUGACUGUGGUGGACAGAACAGCCGGGUCCCUCAUCAAACUACAAGGCUGUCGAGAGAACGACAGCAGACAGAAAUGGGAGCAAAUCGAGUCCAACUCGAAGCUUCGUCACGUGGGCAGUAACCUCUGUCUGGACAGCCGCAGUGCCAGGAUGGGUGGGCUCACAGUGGAGGUCUGCAGCCCGAGCCUCAAUCAGCAAUGGAAGUUUACCCUCAAUCUACAAUCAUAG